GCAUUUGUAACAAAGAGGUCCUUUACUGACGGCUUGAGAGCCUCAGACCCUUGAAGAGCCCAGACUCUGCGUGCCGCAUUGAUCAACGACGCCACUUCUAUGGCUGACGUCUUUAUCCUCUCGAGUUCGUACCAUUCGCAUUGGCAUUGGCUCGGUUCAGCAUAUCUCACAACACAUUGGACCCUGGCGAUCGCGGCAAGCUUCAGCGACUGGCCAGGGAAAAAGAGCUGGUACAAUGAAAGUACUGCACCGAGGUACCGUUUAGGUACGGUGGGUGGGCUCCUGGGCAGCAACACACAUCCGACUCAGAGUAGCGCCCGUGUUUGCCUCACGUAUCCGCCGAUUCUUCGGACACUGUGUGGUGUCGGCGUGAUGGAGGGCUUAGGCGGCAGGUCGACACAUCAAGGCUCUCCGAUGGUUGAUGUUUAUAAACAUGACGCCCGAUGUGCCAUGGUACAUACGACCAUACCUGGCAGAAAACUCGGGAUCCCGUCCGCUCUCCCCUAGAUAAGCUGCCAAGGGCCGGAUCAGUAGUUGGGUCGGUGACGACCAGCGAAUCCCCGGUGUU